CUUAAAAUUCUAAAAUUUCAUAAUUUUUACUUAUUUUUUUUAAAUAUUUAUGUAUCUUUAAAAAUAAAACCAAAUUUUAAAGUAAAUAAAAAAAUAUUCGAAAAUGCCAUUAUGCGGUCUUACGCUGAAUUCCGUAUGGGACACUAUUAUAGCCAUUUUGCAAUACGAUCUGAUGAACAUCUUCAGCACCCAGAACCCCAACCAAGAUUCAUCAACAAAUUGCCUACGAUAUGGCUAUGAUCCACGUCCCAGGAUAUAUGAAGGCCAAUCAACUCUGACCAACAUUGAUGAGAUCGCCAAUUGUUUAAAUUCGCAUAUCAGUGUCAUGGAAUGUGAGCAAAUUGCAAAUGGGCUGUUUGAGGGAAAUGAGAAUGACAAGGAUAUUGCAAUGCAAUCCCCUGAAGGCUAUGCAGAUAAUGGAAUAAACUCCUCUCCGGAAAGUGCCAAAAAUGCCCAUAAACCACACUGCAAUUUUUUAAGCAACGCCAUAAAUCCAAAUAAUUCUACAAAAAGUUCCCAUUCGAAGAAUCCAAAUUUGGAAACUAUUGAAAAAGAAGUUCAAUUGCUUUGGACCGCUGUAAUGGAUAACAUUCCUCAAUGUUCCAAAGGCUUACCUAUAAAUUGGCAAAAUAUAAGAGCACACAUUAAGUUGCCCUUCUACUGGGCUGUAUUAACUAAUGAGACUGUACGUGAGAGCCCCUUUGAGAAUUUUAAACGUUUCUAUGUGGAGAAUAUGUCCAGCAACGCCAAUGAAAAUCAUAAGAAGACUAACGAAGAGGUUCUUAUAACUUGGCAUAGCAUGACCCAAAAGCAGAAACUUCCAUUUGUUAUGGAGGCCUUCAUAGCUCUGGCAUCGGCUGGUAAAGUGAACUUUACAAAUGAAUUGGAACUUAAAAAUGUAUGGAAAAAUUUGCUAAAUAAAUGUGGAUAAGAAUGAA